AUGUCUAGGCUCGAGAUAGACGUGCCGGGUACACACAACAUCUACUUUACGCCUUAUGGAGAGACAUAUACUCCUUCUCUCUACGGAGUCAUAUUUUUGCCAUCAGCAUGCUUUAGGGGCAAGUCGACGGCACCUUUAGUGUCAGUCUCGCUGACGCGGUUCGUCACGCUAUCGACAAAGCGAAGGGCCAUUUCACAACUCGUGAAGAGGAAAAAGCAGCCAGAAGCUACUUAUGCAGAAGUAGUGGCUUGUGCCGAGAUUUUUCGCCCAACUGGAGCAGCCACAGCCAACGAAAGAGACCAAGCUUUGUCAGAUUUCUCCCUUGCUGUUCCAACGUCCUUGAGCCCGACAACUCACACUUCAAUUAUGACAACAUCAUAUGCGUUGAUUGUUCAUGCAAAGAUGGAGGGAGGAGAAAAGCUUGAAGCAACACGCGAGCUGCAAAUUUGCCGUACGAUGGUUCCCAGCCCUCCGCUUGUUUUCGAACAUUUCAGAAGGUGCCAACAAAUUCCAUUCAGCAACAGGCUCUUCCUAUCGCCUGGGUACCUGCCCAAUUGCACGUCAAAAGACACAUUCAGCGGAACCGUUCUGCUUGAAGGACCCCUGGUACGAAGGGGUCGUCCCUCUGAGAUCAAGGUAGUUGUGGUCCGUGAAGUGAGAUGGUCAGUGACAGAAGCAGUCGAAAUUUCACACAAGCACCCUUCAUCACCACUUGGCGCCAAUCCAGAUAAGAGGUACAUAGGUACAAUCUGCAAAGGGAACAUAAGAGGCAAUUGGAUGCCUGAGGAUCUUGUUUCCUGGAAAGAAGACAAAGAUGCUUUCAAGCAAGCCCAAGUACCAUUUCGAUUACUCAUUCGAAAGGCCACGAGCGACAUGGAACUACACUGCCCGCAGCCCAAGACUAAGAGAUCACCAAGGAACAGCACUUUUGUGAAUGAGAUAUCCCAUGAAAAGAUUGGCAUUUCUGUGCGCCAUCGACUGAGGCUUGAAAUUGUCAUCGGCGAGGACACAUUCGUUCAGCGAACCCAGACCUUGGUGGACCGAAAACCCGUUCGACAUUGUCUUGCGGCAACAUAUCCUUUGCACAUAGGUCUUAUUGCAUAUGACGCACCGAUACCUGAGGAAAUGUUCGAGACAGAAAGCGAGUUACCUGGGUACGAGGAUUCUGGAAGGAUGCCUCCAGCAUACGAUAUGUGA